GAGAGAGAGAGAGAGACCCACUCGCUGAACACUCUCAGACUCAGUGACCGCUCGGUGCGCAGCUCCGUGGAUUCUAUCUCUCUCUUCUGCCUCCAGACCCCGUCGUGUCCUCGGGAUCCUCCGGCUGCAUCCUCUCACUUUCACUCUUCUAUCACCUCCUUCCUUUUUCUUUCUUUCUUUCUUUCUUUCUGUUCUCAUCCUUCUUCCUCCUCUCCCCCCUUCCUCACCUCUAAGCAUCCCUCCUCUCCUCCUCGCCAAGUCCUCCUCGCCCGCCUGGAUAAAUAACUUUUUUAAUUUUUCUGGUAAUUUUGAUUUUUUUUUUUUUUUUUGCGUUCCACCUUCCUCAACCUCCAUCGCUCACCCACACCCUCGCCAGUCUCCCCCCCCCCCACCUCUUGCAGCAGCAGCCUUGCCGGGGAUCGCUCUCUGCACCCGGGCUCUGCUCCAUGGGGGGCGCGGUGUGGCCGUACGGAAGAUGGUCAGCGGUCGGUGUCUAGGCGCCCCGCUGAGCCCGUCGGGAUUGGAGGAGUCGCUGCUGCUGGUGGUGUCGGUGCUCGUCCGCCUCUCCCCCCCUCCUCCUCCUCCUCCUCCUCCUCUUCCUCGCCCCCCGGUGAGGACCCGGUGAGGAGCCAUGGGUCUGUCCCCGGAGCACCGCGGCGCCGCGGGGGGUCUGCUCCGGGUCACCAUCAUCUCCUUCCUCGCCACUUUACCUGUGGAGCAGCUGCGCGCCUUCCCGUCCUCCCUCAGCGACUGCCAGACUCCGACCGGCUGGAACUGCUCCGGUUUCGAUGACCGGGACACGGACCUGUUCUUGUGCGACACCAACACGUGCAAGUUCGACGGCGAGUGUCUACGAAUCGGGAACAUGGUGACGUGCAUUUGUGACUUCAAGUGCAACAACGACUAUGCCCCGGUGUGUGGCUCCAACAAUCAGAACUACCAGAACGAGUGUUUCCUGCGCAGAGACGCCUGCAAGCAACAGUCUGAAGUGCUUAUCAUGUCAGAGGGGGCCUGUCCUGCUGAUGCCGGCUCAGGAUCAGGAGACGACGGAGGAGAGGGCUCAGCCGAAGCAGGACAGAAGGAGACGUCCACCUGUGACAUUUGCCAGUUCGGGGCUGAGUGCGACGUGGACGCAGAAGAUGUGUGGUGCGUGUGCAACAUCGACUGCUCCCACAUCAGCUUCAACCCGGUGUGUGCCUCGGACGGCCGUUCCUAUGACAACCCCUGCCAGGUGAAGGAGGCGUCCUGUCAGAAACAGGAGCGCAUCGAGGUCAAGUACCUGGGCCACUGCCAAGGUGACAUCAUAACGGGCAACAAAGGCGGGGAUGGACACUUUGCACGGACUGACCUCACAGAGAAAAAUGAGGAUGCGAGGAAUGGGCUGGCCCGCGGCCUGUACAUCCCCUGUCCGGAUCACUACAAAAACUACUGCGUCCAUGGAGAGUGUCAGUUUCCCAGCAUCCUGGCACAGCCCUCCUGCAGCUGUCACUCGGGGUUCCGGGGCCUCCAGUGUGACAUCAAAGAGUACAACGUGUUCUAUGUGGUGCCCGGCUCUGGCAAACUGCACUACGUCCUUAUCGCCUCCAUCAUCGGAGCUCUCCAGGUGGUCAUCAUCUGUGUGGUGGUGCUCUGCAUUACCAGGAAGUGCCCACGGACCAACAGGAUCAACCGGCAGAAGCAGAACAAUGUCCACUUCAGCUCGGAGAACACCAUGCGCGCCUCCACUCGACUGAUCUGAGCCCCCGGGCAAAACAGCAGACAGUGCCCCCCCUCCCCCUCCGCAGCACGGAGGGCUACGGCGUUCGAUGUUACCCCCCCCCCUGUAGGCCAACCCCCCUGAUAACUUAGGAUUCUGCUUCCCCUCACUCCUCGCCCGGUCUCCCAGUGUGAACUGAAAGGAUGGGGACACGGCAAGAGACAGAGCUGGGACAGCAGUCAGUGGCGACGCCCACACAC